UUAGUGCUCCGUGGCAGGUUCUCUUCGCUUUUUAUGUUCAUCUUUUUCAUUUUUUUUAUGAGAGUUUGUGGAAUAUAAUCUUUUACUUUGCAAAAUGUUUCGGCAUUUAUGCCUCUUGCUUGCAGUGCUUUGGCUGCAAGUGAAUGCUCAACAAGUGAGCAGGGAGGAAAUUCAAAGAGCUGUCAACGCUGCCAUCACCAAAGUGGACUCUGCAUAUGAAUAUUCAAGACAAGAGUGUCUUGAGCGUGUCAAACGGAACUCAGCCAGACCUCAGGAUGUGUUGCGCGUGCUCAAGCAGCCUAUGGGAGUCACCCGUGAGAUAGCCCGAUCUUCUGAUUACAUGAACAAUGCACUGGAUAUUAUCAAAAGAUCGGCGGAAAGACGUCAGAGACGUUCGCUCAACGCAACCGAUCUGCUGUCUGAGGAGGAUUUGGAGUUUCUUUCAGAUCUGACAGGCUGCUCACCUCGACAGCGCGACCCCUCUUGCAGGACAACACCCAACGUUGACGUCUUUCGUACCAUAACCGGCGUCUGCAACAACGAGCAUAAGCCCCGAUUGGGAGCCUCAAACAUUCCAUUUGCACGCUUCCUGCCUGCUGAGUACCAGGAUGGACUCACUGUGCCUCGGGGGUUUGAGCCUGAGAAGCUCAACGGCUUCGUUCUUCCUAUGGUCCGAGAGGUGUCCAAUCGUGUUCUGACCACACCAAUCGCUAAUGUGGUGAACGACGAGGAAUUUACUCACCUCUUGACCUCCUUUGGACAGUGGAUGGACCACGACCUGACUCUCACACCUCAUUCUCCGGUCAUCCGUUCGUUCAGUAACGGCAUUGACUGUGACGAGAGCUGCGAGCGCACCGAACCUUGCUUCCCCAUCAAGAUUCCCAAGAAUGGUCCACGUUUCGGCUCCCAGGAGUGCAUCGCCUUCUUCCGCUCAAGUACCACGUGUGGGACUGGCCCCACAGGCUCCAUCUUUGGCGCAGCCAACGUGCGGCAACAGUUGAACGGCCUCACAUCAUAUAUUGACGCGAAUCAGGUGUACGGCUCAGAAGAUGCCAAAGCUAAGGCUCUACGCAACCUUGACACGGAUGAGGGUUUGCUGAGGGUCAAUACAGAGUUCACUGACGAAGGCCGAGAAUUGCUGCCCUUCACCACUAUGGGAGCCAACUUGUGUGCAACCCGAGCCCGGAUCACCAACGACCCCGACGCCCAGGAAGUGCUUUGCUUUCUAUCAGGUGAUGAACGCACCAAUGAGAACAUUUUUUUGACCUCACUACACACGCUCUUCUUGCGGGAGCACAACCGGCUGGCUCGAGCCCUGCGACAACUAAAUCCGAAGUGGAAUGGAGAGAGAAUCUACCAAGAAGCACGCAAAAUCAAUGGAGCAUAUUUACAGAUUAUCACAUUCAGAGACUUCUUAAAGCACAUCGUCGGUCCAGAAGUAAUAUCCAAGAAGCUGUCCACCUACCCCGGCUAUGAUAAGACCGUGGACCCUACUGCCGCCAAUGCAUUCGGAGCAGCUGCCUUUCGCUUUGGCCACUCUAUGAUUCAACCCUUCGUAUUCCGGCUUGACGGUAGUUACGAGGAACACCCGGUGUUCCCCUCUCCAUUGCUGCACACAGCCUUGAACACACCAUGGAGGGUUGUUUUUGAAGGUGGUAUAGACCUUAUCUUGAGGGGGCAACUGGGUCGGCCGGCUAAGUUGAAUGUCCAGGAGGCCGUCAUUACGGAUGAACUGAGAGACAUGCUGUUUAAAUUCUCCUUUGAGUUUGCACUUGAUCUGGCCGCUCUCAAUAUGCAGCGUGGCCGAGACCAUGGCAUUCCAGGAUACAACAAAUGGCGUAAGUUCUGUGGUCUGUCACAACCUCAAAAUGAGACAGAGUUGGCUAAAGUGCUGAAAAACGACGACUUGGCCAAGAAGCUGAUAGAGCUGUAUGGCACGCCUGAAAACAUCGAUCUAUGGCUCGGAGGAAUAGUAGAACCUCUUGUGUCCGGAGGAAGAGUUGGUCCCCUGUUUGCCUGCCUGAUUGGAACUCAGUUCAGCAAGGUUCGCGAGGGAGACAGAUUUUGGUGGGAGAACGAAGGAGUAUUCACCAAGGCUCAGAGAGCCGCUUUGUUGGCAACGUCACUUUCCCGCAUCGUCUGUGACAACACUGGUGUGAUUGAAGUUCCAAAAAAUCCCUUCCUGUUCCGGCCACGAGGUUCCGGUUACACCAAAUGUGCUGACAUCCCUUCACUGGACCUCACUCAAUGGCAGGAGGACGAACAUGGAUUUUUCCCUAAACCAGAACCGACUCCUUACCCACCAGGCUAUUCAACUACUACUACUACUACCCCUUACCCACCAGGCUAUUCAACUAAUACUACUACUACCCCUUACCCACCAGGCGAUUCAAACACGACUACCCCCUCCACACCAGAAGCCCCCAAACCCUAUGGACACCCUGGACCUCCUGGACCUCCUGGAGCCCCAGGGCCACAGGGACAACCAGGCCCCUCCGGAUCCUCCAGCUAUCAUGUGGCCUACUCUGUGAGACUAGGCAACAACUACCCCAGUCCUGGUGUGCCAAUACCAUUCCGCGAGACCAUCUACAAUGGACAGAACAGCUAUGACACCAACAGUGGCAAAUUUACAUGCCCAUAUGCCGGGGUGUACGAAUUCCAAUUCCACUGUACCAUCUAUGACCACGCGGCCAGUGUAGACCUGUUGCGCAAUGGAGAGUUGAUCCUGCAUUCAUUCACUACCAGGCAAGAGGGUUACAUCACAGCCAGUGGAAGCACGUACCUCUCGCUGAGAGUAGGAGAUGAGGUAUGGCUUGUGGCCAACUACGGUGGCAAUGGUCUGACCAGAGACAGCUACUUCUCAGGGCAUCUGAUCUUUACUGAGUAUUAGAGCUGUAGUCAAAACAAUCAAUCAAUCAAUCAAUCAAUGUUUAUUUAUAUAGCCCUAAAUCACAAGUGUCUCAAAGGGCUGUACAAGCCACAACGACAUCCUCGUUACAGAGCCCACAUACGGGCAAGGAAAACUCACCCCAGUGGGACGUCGAUGUGAAUGACUAUGAGAAAAACAAACAAAGCACUCUUGUACAGUCCGGCAAAAAUAAACAUAUACACCUCAAUAAAUGCAGUUAGAGAAGAAUUGAUCCACCAUCACAAGUUGUUACAAAAUAGGAAUGAUGUGACCAUGUGGAAUUUUCCAUCAUUUUACAUGCUUUUUAAUGUGUGUUUUAAUUGUAAGAGUGCACAAACGAAGAGCCGUGUAAACGAUAUAAAUACAAACUACACUACCAGACUCCGGGGAAAAAAUGGUAUGAAGUUAUCACUGCUUCAUGUGAUAUAUUUUUUGUAAUUAAUUCUGCCUUCUUAAAUCUUUUUCUUGUCCCAGCCUUCACACUGUUUAUUUAACCGUCAUUAAGAUAUACUAUUGGAGCUUCUUGAAUAAAAGCAAACGUUUCCUGA